CUGAGUGGUAAAUGAAGUCGUAAAUUCACGUGUUUCUAGUGGUAAACGAAUGGAUAUGAGCUAAGGACAGCAAACGGCUCAUCCCAUAUCUUUCAACCGUCCAUGGAAGUGCGCAAGUUCUACGGAGCAUCCAGUCAACGGUUCGUGCCUCAGGCAAUAGCUGCGGGCACCGAUGUCUGCAAUCACCACUGCCGCGACUUCCAUCGCCGGCAACUUCAGCAGAUUAUUCGAGAGAAGUUAAGAAGUUUCAAAGAGGAGCAAUUCAAAGUUCAGUUCGAGGUGGUCUUCUUCCAUGCUUCCUGCAUCGAUGGCCUCAUGCGGCGCAUGAAAAAGGAAAAGUACGGCUGGCACAAAUCUGACGAGGAACGUCUCGUUCCCUAUCUUGGUACAGGCUGGUUCGAGCAGCACAUAAACCAGAAAGAUUACAAUCGUGUUGCCCAUGGCACAUUCCAGGUGAAACCCCGUGUGUGGGGACAGCUAAUGAAACUGCGAGUCAGGUUCACCAGAGAGAAAUGUGUUCGUGGAGCAUCUGAGACAGGUUGAACGGGGAGUUUUCGUUGGAGUUGUGUGAGGCGAUUUUAGGUAAAUGGUUGGUCAAAAAUUGUUAUCUUGGCGCAUUUUCUGGAUGUUUUGCGUUGAAUUAAGUGUUUGAGCAUGUCGUGUGAUUUGCAUAUAUGUACAUACCCGUGACAUUGUAACUGGCCAUUGUUAGGUAUAUUAGAAGCCACCAUGCAUUUCAAUAUAUCAU